CAAAGGUAGAGGUGGCCCAUUAUGGUCCCACCAUUCGUUCUCAGCGUCAGCUGUGAACUCAUCCUGAAUCUUCCUCCACCACCGCCCUCAACCUCCCUGACCACCAAUCAUGCCAAUAUCCCCUGACACCACCGGGGCCACCACCACAAGCCGCCGUGGAUUUUCGCUCCCUCCCUGGAAGGGCGUCAAGCCCAUUCCUCUGAUAAUAUCAAUCUCCAUCGGCCUUAUCUUUCGCUUUGCCGUGCCUAAGCCCAGCAGAGUCUCAACACAGGGGUGGCAACUCCUCGCCCUUUUCCUCACCACCAUCGCCGGCCUCAUCCUCAGCCCACUCCCCGUCGGCGGUUGGGCCUUCACAUGCCUCACCAUCGCCGUGCUGACCAAAACCCUGACUUUCUCCGCCGCCUUCUCUGCUUUCACAAACGAGGUGAUUUGGCUCAUCGUCUGCUCCUUCUUCUUUUCCAGAGGGUUCAUCAAGACCGGGCUCGGAGACAGGGUGGCCAUGUUGUUUGUUCGGCUGCUCGGGAAGAGCACUCUGGGUUUGUCAUACGGUCUGGUUUUGAGCGAGGCCGUGAUUUCUCCGGCUAUGCCGAGCACAACCGCCCGUUCCGGCGGGAUUUUCUUACCCAUUAUUAAGUCGCUCGCCACCUCUGCUGAUAGCCAUCCCAAGGACGCGUCUUCCAGGAAGCUCGGAGCUUAUCUUGUCCAGUCUCAAUUGCAGGCUUCGUGUAACUCAAGUGCCAUUUUUCUGACGGCAGCAGCGCAGAACCUGUUAUGCAUCAAAUUAGCUGAAGGGCUUGGAGUUAAGAUUUCAAGCAAAUGGCUCACUUGGCUAAAGGUUUCCUGCUUCCCAUCUGUCAUCGCUCUUCUAGCAAGUCCAGUUAUUGUAUAUAAGAUAUUUCCUCCUGAAAUGAAGAAGACGCCCGAGGCCCCACAAAUUGCCAGGAGGAAAAUGGAUGAAAUGGGACCUAUAAAGACUGGAGAGUGGGUGAUGGUUGGAACCAUGCUUUUAAUGGUUGCACUCUGGGUUGCCGGAGAUGCCAUAGGGGUAGCAAGUGUAGUAACAGCUAUGUUGGGCUUAUCUUUGCUUUUGAUCUUUGGAGUUUUAGAUUGGGACGACUGCCUAAGUGAAAAGUCAGCAUGGGAUACCUUGACUUGGUUCGGUGUGUUAAUAGGCAUGGCUACUCAAUUGAACACUCUGGGUGUGAUAAGCUGGUUGUCCGACGUAGUGGCUGGCUUCCUAAAGUCUCAUUCUAUAAGCUCGUCCGUAGCUUUUUUUAUCCUGCAAGCUGCAUAUUUCUUCAUCCACUACUUGUUUGCAGGGCAGACCGCUCAUGUUGCUGCUAUGUACUCUGCCUUUCUGGGGAUGCACUUAGCAUCUAAGGUCCCCGGCUCGUUAGCUGCAUUGGCGUUGGCCUACAACACUAAUCUUAAUGGCGCUUUGACACACUAUAGCAGCGGUCAGGCUGCCGUUUAUUAUGGAGGUGGCUACGUAGAGUUGCGGGAUGUUUUCAAAUUGGGAAUUAUAAUGGCUGUAAUUAAUAUAGUAAUGUGGGGAUUAGUAGGAGCUGCUUGGUGGAAGAUUCUUGGACUUUACUGAGGCUGGAAAAUAUAGAGAUGAUUGUUGAAUUAUUAUUCUUUGGUCGAUACAAAACGACACCAUUAUGAAAUAUAUUGCAUUUGAAUCAUAACAAGCAAAAAAAUCCCACAAAUUUUCAUGUUGGUUUUUUAAAUUCAUGCUUGCCCUUGGAAGUUGGAAACAUGGCGGAAAUGGUCA